CGCUGAAGUCAUCGGAUGCGCUCUCAAUACUGAUGAGAGGAUGAAAAUGCGGUGGCGGUUCAACGCGUUUUUCUUGCUGUGGAUCCAGGUAUGCAGCGCGGAGUUUGAGCUCACUUUACUCCACACUAAUGAUGUCCACGCAAGGGUGGAAGAGACCAACAAAGACUCGGGCAAAUGCACUAAAAGCCCGUGUUUCGCCGGAGUGUCGCGGAGAUUUACAAAAAUCCAAGAAGUUCGUAGAAAUGAGAAAAACGUCCUGCUGCUGGACGCGGGCGAUCAAUUUCAGGGCACCGUCUGGUUUAACUUCUACAAGGGUGCAGAAGCGGCGUAUUUCAUGAAUAAACUCGGAUACGAUGCGAUGGCCUUUGGAAAUCAUGAGUUUGACAAUGGAGUGGAUGGUCUCGUGAAACCUUUUCUUCAAGACGUGAACUUCACUGUUCUCAGCGCAAAUAUUAAAGCCGAUAACACAAUCGCUCCUCAGAUUAGUGGAUACUAUUUCCCAUAUAAGAUCUUCGCCAUCAACUCAGAGAAAGUAGGAGUUGUGGGGUACACCUCUGUGGAAACGCCUGCUUUAUCUUUACCAGGCCCACAUCUUCAGUUUGAAGAGGAAGUUGCUGCUCUACAAACUCAGGUGGAUAAACUAAUCACUCAGGGUGUGAAUAAGAUCAUUGCCCUCGGACACUCUGGAUUCGCAGUGGACCAAAUUAUUGCGAAGAAAGUUCGUGGAGUGGAUGUUGUGAUUGGAGGGCACACCAAUACAUUCUUGUACACAGGAACGGCACCGUCUACAGAGGUUCCUGUGGGUCCAUACCCAUUCAUGGUGAAAUCAGAGGAUGGCCGUCAGGUUCCAGUGGUGCAGGCAUAUGCCUUUGGGAAAUAUCUGGGAUUCCUAAAGGUGACGUUUGAUUCAAACGGGGAUGUGGUGAAGUCAUCAGGCAAUCCAAUUCUGCUGGAUAGCUCUAUAACACCGGAUCCAAUCAUUCAAGCUGAAUUGGAGAACUGGAAAAAGAAUCUGGCCAAUUACUCUUCUCUGUAUGUGGGACAAACUCUGGUGUAUCUCAAUGGAACUUUUGAGGAAUGUCGAUUUCGUGAAUGUAAUUUAGGGAACUUGAUCUGUGAUGCCAUGGUCCAUAAUAAUAUUAAAUAUGCUGAUGAAAUACAGUGGAAUCAUGUAAGCUCUUGUAUUCUCAACGGUGGAGGCAUCCGAUCAGCUAUUGAUGAGCGCAACAGAAAUGGUACAAUCACAAUGGAAGACCUGAUCUCUGUGUUGCCAUUUGGAGGCACGUCUGAUCUGGUGCAGAUGAACGGAUCGACUUUGAGAGAGGUCUUUGAGCACUCAGUGCACAGAUAUGGAGGAAGUACUGGAGAAUUCUUGCAGGUGUCAGGUUUUCAGCUGGUAUAUGAUUUAUCAAAGCCCACUGGGAAACGUGUUAAAAGUGUGAAUGUGCUGUGCAAUGAAUGUCGUGUGCCCCAUUACGAACCACUAAACCCUAAAAAGGUAUACAAGGUGGUGUUGCCCUCAUAUCUGGUGGACGGAGGAGAUGGAUACUCUAUGAUCAAAGAGCAAAAACUCAAACAUGACAGCGGUAACCUGGAUAUCUCAGUUGUUGCCAGCUACAUCUCGGAGAGAAAGAGAGUUCAUCCUGCUGUGGAAGGACGGAUUCAAUUAUUAAACUCUUCUAUUGGACAGCGAGGAUAUUUGCCCAUCCUCCUACUGGUGUGGGUAUUAUGGGUCAUGUUGGUUUAGCAUGUGAGAUUAGAGAUAUUUAAAGUACUUGUGAAACAUGGAUGUGUAGCCAUUUGCAUUUAACUGUUCAGUAAGAGGGGAAAAAAUACAAAAGUCAAAUUAAAAGUUAAGUCAAACCUUUGAAAUUUAAGUAAAACUUUAAGAUGCUUUAAAAAGAAAAUGGUUGAGGACAAAAGACAGAUAUGAACUUUAUUUCUUUUAACUGGACUGCAUUUUUUCUGUACCUCUUUUUUAUAUCUACAUCAUUCUCAAUUCAAUUUUAUCAAAAUACAUAGACAAUAUUUUGCAAAAUGUUAUUUUUUUUCCAGACUGUAUACCAUAACUGAGAAACCUGUUCCGUUCAUAUUUCACCCCAAAAUCAAAAGAAAAAAAUUACAGAUUAUAUUUUGCUUAAUGAAAAUGAAGCUUGUUUUAGGACCAUUCAAUUUGUUUUGUGACAUUUAUUUUAUUAUUUAAUAAUAAAAGCAUUAUGUCAAGA